AUGCAGUUCAACAACUACCACGACGAGGCGCCGCUGAAGACCGACAGUGACGCGCCGCCACCGGCCGAGGGACGCAUGGAUGUCGGCGAAACAUCGGAGUGUAAGCCAAGAUUUGGACGGCACGACGCUCACAAACGUCACGAUACAAUGGGCGAAAUUGUACAAAGUGGUACUGAUAGUAUGAAGUUUAAGUACAAUCAUGACAAUGAUUUCGUUGAUAGCCGGUUCAAAGAAUUGAUCCCACAUCCUGAAGUUGUUGGUGUACUUCAAACUGACAAGUAUGGGAACUCUGUGAAACGGGAUCUCAAAUUCCAUCACAGCACUCUAUGGUAA